CGGAAACCCCGUACCAGAAACAUACCCUACCGUAGGAGAACCUUCUACCGCACCGACGAAAUUACACCCGGAUCUACGCCACAGCAUCUAUCGUCGACUGCACCACCAGAGGGCAACAAUCACUAACUCUCGUACCAGCAACACCAACAACAAAACCAACAACAACACCAACAGCGAAUAAGCACACACACACCAUGCUGUCUUCCCGCACGUCGCGACCCAUCCUCCGAGGGGUCUCCCGGGGACUCUCCCUCGCGAGCAAGCGCGGAGGCGCACGGCAGAUGUCGACCUUUCUCGACGAAUACGACGCCAUCGUCGAGGAGCGCGCCGCCAUGGGCGGGGGCUUCGGGGUCCCCCCGCCGCCCCUCGACGCCUCCCAGACCAGCCGGGUGAUCGAGGAGCUCAAGGAGUCCCCCAACAAGAGGCUCGAGGACCUCCUGGUCCACCGGGUCCCCCCCGGGGUCGACGACGCCGCCUACGUCAAGGCCACCUGGCUCUCCGCCCUGGCGACCGGGAAGGAAUCCAACGAGUCCAUCUCGAGGGCGAUGGCGACCGAGCUCCUCGGAACCAUGCAGGGGGGAUACAACGUGGCCACCCUCGUCGAGCUCCUCAAGGACCCCGACGCCUCGAUCGCCGGACUCGCCGCCGACCAGCUCUGCCACACCCUCCUGGUCUUUGACGGCUUUUACGACGUCGAGGCCCUCGCCAAGGAGGGAAACGCCCACGCCCACAAGGUCCUGGAGAGCUGGGCCGCCGCGGAGUGGUACCUCAAGAAGCCUGAGGUGGCCAAGGAAAUGACCGCCACCGUCUUCAAGGUCACCGGCGAAACCAACACGGACGACCUCAGCCCCGCACAGGACGCCUGGUCCCGACCCGACAUUCCCCUCCACGCCCUGGCCAUGCUCAAGAACACCCGCGACGGGAUUUCCCCGGAGGUCGACGGAGAGAUCGGUCCCCUCAGCCAGCUCAAGGAGCUCAAGGAGAAGGGACACCCACUCGCCUACGUCGGAGACGUCGUCGGAACCGGCUCCUCCCGCAAGUCCGCUACCAACUCGGUCCUCUGGCACAUGGGAGACGACAUCCCCUACGUUCCCAACAUGAGGGGCGGCGGCCUCUGUCUGGGUGGAAAGAUCGCCCCCAUUUUCUACAACACCAUGGAGGACUCGGGUGCCCUCCCCAUCGAGCUGAAGGUCGACGACAUGAACAUGGGAGACGUCAUCACCGUCCACCCCCACGACGGCGUCGUCACCGCGGAGGACGGAUCGGUCAUCACCGACUUUAAGCUCAAGACCAACGUCAUUCUGGACGAGGUCCGCGCCGGUGGCCGCAUCCCGCUCAUCAUCGGCCGCGGCAUCACCAGCAAGGCCCGGGUGGCCCUGGGCCGCGACGAAGCCGUCGACGACGUCUUCAACAUGCCCGAGCCGCCCUCGGGCCCCAAGCCCAAGGGAUACACCCUCGCCCAGAAGAUGGUGGGACGGGCCAUCGGCCUCAAGGAGGGAGAGGGCGUCGUUCCGGAACAGUACUGCGAACCCAAGAUGACGACCGUCGGGUCCCAGGACACCACCGGUCCCAUGACGAGGGACGAGCUCAAGUCCCUGGCCUGCCUCGGAUUCUCGGCCGACCUGGUCAUGCAGUCCUUUUGCCACACGGCCGCCUACCCCAAACCCGUCGACGUCGUCACGCACCACACACUUCCAGACUUUAUCAUGAACCGCGGCGGGGUCUCCCUCCGGCCCGGAGACGGGAUCAUCCACUCCUGGCUGAACCGGAUGCUCAUCCCCGACACGGUCGGAACCGGUGGGGACUCGCACACCCGCUUCCCCAUUGGGAUUUCCUUCCCCGCCGGUUCCGGCCUGGUCGCCUUUGGCGCCGCCACCGGAACCAUGCCCCUGGACAUGCCCGAGAGCGUCCUCGUCCGCUUCAAGGGAGAGAUGCAACCCGGAAUCACCCUGCGCGACCUGGUCCAGGCCAUCCCCUACACGGCCGAGAAAAUGGGCCUCCUGACCACGGAAAAGAAGGGAAAGAAAAACAUCUUCUCGGGACGCAUCCUGGAGAUCGAGGGAGACGUCGUCAACAACCUCAAGUGCGAGCAGGCCUUUGAGCUGAGCGACGCCAGUGCCGAGCGAUCCGCCGCCGGCUGCACAAUCAAGCUGGACAAGGAACCCAUCAUCGAGUACCUGAACUCCAACAUUGUCAUGCUCAAGUGGAUGAUCUCGGAGGGAUACGGCGACGCCCGCACGCUGGAACGCCGCAUCGCCCGCAUGGAGGACUGGCUGGCCAACCCCGUGCUGAUGGAGGCCGACGAGCAGGCCGAGUACACGGAGAUCAUCGAGAUCGAUCUCAACGAGCUCAAGGAACCCGUCCUGGCCCUCCCCAACGACCCCGACGCCAGCGCCCUGCUCAGCGACGUGGCCGGAACCAAGGUCGACGAGGUCUUUAUCGGAUCCUGCAUGACCAACAUUGGCCACUUCCGGGCCGCCGGAAAGCUCCUGGCCGACGCGGCAAAGCCGAUCCCCACCCGUUUGUGGGUCGCCCCGCCGACCAAGAUGGACGAGGCCCAGCUCACCGAGGAGGGCUACUACAGCACCUUUGGCGUCGCCGGGGCCCGGACCGAGAUGCCCGGGUGCAGUUUGUGCAUGGGCAACCAAGCCCGCGUCGCCCCCGGCUGCACGACGGUGUCCACCAGCACGCGAAACUUCCCCAACCGCCUGGGACAGGGCGCGAACGUCUUUUUGUCCAGUGCCGAGCUGGCCGCCAUUUCGUCCAUCGAGGGCGAGCUCCCCUCGGUCGAGACCUACAUGAAGUACAUGGAGCAGAUCGAUCCGACCGACGAAAACAUCUACCGCUACCUCAACUUUGACGAGCUUCCCGACUUUGUCAAGAGCGCCGACGCCGUCGAGAUCAGCGAAGAAAUGAAGAAGGCAGCGAAGGAACUCGAUCUAGCCUAGGCGUCACGAACCAUCUUGUCCGGAGUUUUUGGCGUUGUUUAUGAAAUAAAGAAUACUAUCAUUU